CAUUUCAGUGUGGUGUCCGUGGUGUCGAAACUCCCAAACUCCCGAAACUGUUUUUGUUCAUUGUCGUAAUUACUCUUUCUCAUAGAAUUAUUGUAGGAAAAAAAAACACUCCCACAAUAUCAAUCGGAAAUUAGUGCUGUCGUCUGUUCAGUGUUCAUUGUUUGGCCAAGUGUAAUUUCAUUUAAAGAAAUUACCGGAUAUAUAACUUGUACGGCUCUGGGAGCCAUAACCUAGAGGAUGGCAUCCACUUCAAAUGAUGAUAACCCCACCCAAUCCCAAAUCGCUUUCAAGACAUGGGAGCUUGCAAAUAAUAUAGAAACCAUAUCAUCGACUGAUGAAAUUUACCGCUACGACAGAAAACAGCAACAAGAUAUUCUUGCUGCGAAGCCAUGGGAGAAAGACCCUCACUUUUUUAAGGAAAUGAAAAUUUCAGCUCUGGCAUUGCUCAAGAUGGUUAUGCAUGCCCGUUCUGGUGGCACUCUCGAAGUAAUGGGCCUACUGUUAGGAAAAGUUGAUGCCAAUACUAUGAUAGUUAUGGACUCUUUUGCUCUACCAGUUGAAGGAACUGAAACAAGAGUGAAUGCACAAGCGCAAGCCUAUGAAUACAUGACUGCAUACAUAGAAGCAGCCAAGCAGGUUGGACGCCUGGAAAAUGCUAUUGGGUGGUAUCACUCUCACCCGGGUUAUGGGUGUUGGCUGUCAGGUAUUGAUGUUUCAACCCAAAUGCUCAACCAAAACUUUCAAGAACCUUUUGUGGCUAUUGUCAUUGAUCCUGUGCGCACAAUUUCUGCGGGGAAAGUUUGUUUAGGCGCUUUCCGAACAUAUCCUAAGGGUUUCAAACCAGCUAAUGAAGAACCAUCAGAGUAUCAAACCAUUCCUCUGAAUAAAAUUGAAGACUUUGGAGUGCAUUGUAAGCAGUACUAUUCUUUAGAAGUUUCAUAUUUCAAAUCUGCCCUUGAUCGUAGGCUGCUUGAUUCUCUCUGGAACAAAUACUGGGUCAACACAUUGGGAUCUAGUUCACUGAUUACCAAUGCAGACUAUACUACUGGACAGAUCCUAGAUUUAUCAGACAAAUUAGAACAAUCGGCUGCUCUGGGUCGGAUUGGUCAUUGGAUGCAAGAUCCCCACGAGAAGCGAUGUGAAGAUAAAUUAAUGAAGGUUACCAAGGACAGCAACAAAACUACAAUAGAAAUAAUUCAUGGUUUGAUGGCUCAGACCAUAAAGGAUCGCCUAUUUAACCAUGUGGCUCCUGGUCCUAAUGGAUCUAAUCCACCUAUGUAGAAAGUGUAUUGACAACUUUUGUAAGGAUAAGUUUGCAAAAACUUAUUCAUGGAAUGAGUGUUAAAUUGUACUAUUAAAAUAAGUAUUCUAACUUAAAAAAUCUCAAUCACCCCAGAUUUUUAAUUAAUAUUUAAAAAAAUAAAGGGUAGCAAUGUUGGAAAAUUUAAGUGCUGCUCAAUUUUUUCCAUGGAACUUUCUUUAUCACCUCUUUUUGAUCUGUUUAUUACUCUUUUAUUUGAAGUGUCUAGUUUGAGUAGGUAGUUUUUUUGUUUUUUUAUCCUGGUCAGAAAUAAAAGUAUCUGGAAUAGAAAUAAAAUAACUACUUGCAUGUUGA